GAGUUAACAUCAUAUUUUAGACACCUCAAGUAUUAAGUUCGAUCUUUCGAUACCUUCGAUUCAGUUUCAACAGUUCAAAGCCUCCAAUUGUAUUCUAUCUACAUCUACUUUACUUCAUGUUACACGAGAGUUUUGCAAUUAAAAUCGAAUCGUCAUCGGUAAUUCUCUCUGUUCGGAAUAAGUUUCUUUUGGAGUGCAUUGUUCUUCGAACCACCUUCGAUCUCGACCGAAACUCCUUACUUAGCAUCUCGAGUUAAGUGAGGCAGCCACAACAAGUAUUGGAAACAAAACGAUACUCCUGCUGAGUGCAACAUGCGGUCGAUAACUUCAGGCGCAGGAGUGUCGUGUCAAAAAAAGAAAAGCAGCGAUCGACGGAGGCUUCUCCUUUCCCCCAAAGAACUGUAAUAUAAAGGCAGGAGCAAGAGAAAGAAAGAUGGAAUGCUAUGAAAGUGACCAAGUAUCGAUGUCGACCAGCCCUUCGACUAUCGCUUCGUCCAGUCCAUCGAUAUAUUAUGCCUCAGAUCAGAGUCCCUCUCAGUCCCAGUGCUCGUCGGGCAGCUCCAUCGGAUCAUUCAGCAUUCCCGACGCAGGUGGAACAGGCGAUCGCGACCGAGAACGUCCGUGCCUGGUGUGCGGUGACCGCGGCACUGGGUGUCACUAUUCAGUAUUUUCUUGCGAAGGUUGCAAAGGGUUUUUCAAGCGAACGGUCCAGAAACAGCUCUUGUAUUCAUGCAGGGGACCCAGUAACAUGGAGGGCGCCUGUGAAAUCAACAAAGCAAGUCGGAAUAGCUGUCAGUUUUGUCGAUUUCAGAAGUGUUUGACAGCUGGUAUGAAAACAGAUGCUGUUAGAGAAGACCGACUACCAGGAGGCAAGCCAAAGAACAAGAAACUCCGCAGUGAUUCCACAACUUCCAAUCACAGCAGAACAGUUCCUUCUCCUGCUGGGUCAGAGUUCAUUCAAUCACCAACGAACGAAAACACCCAGACCGUCUAUGAUGGCAUGAUUGGUAGUGACAACGAACCUUGGAGACUGACCUUAAAGGCAUUAUGUGAUGCCAGUCCCCAUCUGGUUCCAGAUGCUUCCAGUGGACCCCCACCAGGCAUGAUGCCCCCAAUGGACGGGAUGCCAAACUUCAUGCCCCCCUCCCCCAAUGAGUUCUCACCUCCCCCGUACUCUGUCCGCGGUUUCACUAUCCAAGACCUGAUGCAGGGAGGGUUUCAAGAACUCUAUAUGAUGGUCAAGUGGGCCAAGUCUAUACCUAUGUUCAAACAGCUAUACCUAGAAGACCAGAUGUCACUCCUGAAAGCCUCGUUCAUGGAUCUUAAUGUCCUUCGAUUAGCUUAUAGAUCAUUAGACUGUCUACCUAUGCUACAAUUCACAACAAAAUGUAAGCUGACAAUAUCAGAAUGUAAGGAGAUAGGCUGGGGAGAACUCACACAAGCAACUGUAGAGUUUUGCGCCACACUCAGGGAUUUAAGUCUUGAUGUCACUGAAUUUUGUAUCCUGAAUGGGCUAGUGGUGUGUUUUCCAGAUGCUCCUGGUCUUGUUGAUGUCGACAGCGUAACAGCGCUCCAGAAGACCUACCUGGACUGUCUGCAAAAGUACAUUGCCACUGCCUUCCCGAACCAGCCCAAGCGAUACGGUAAGAUCCUGAUGAGACUGCCGACCCUGCGGAAGGUUAGUGCGAAGGCAAUGGAACAGUUUAUGGGUCUGAAGCUUGCCGGGAAGAUCCAGGUCCCGGGUCUAGUGGAAGAGAUGAUGAACUGUACCAUCUAAUUGGUCUACAUUCGCUUGGUCUAUUUUCCGUUUGGUCUCAUCCUACAUGUACAUGAUCUACAUGUGAUUCAUCUACAUGUAUAUUCCGUUCGGUCUAAUCUAGGCUGAAAAAUCUACUGUGUCAGAUGCGUUUUUUAAACAUUUUCUUAUUUUUCUCAGUCCUCCUCCUAUACAGAUGGAAGACUCCCAUAAUUGCGGUUCGCGCAAUGCUCAACUACAGCAUCUUUGGGGAAAAUGGUGCGCCCUCUCACCCUCUGUGAUUUCUCCUUAAAUCCCACUUCUAAUGGGAGAAAAAAAGUGCUGGAAUGAAAAUUACCUUUUUAUGAAGACAAUCAGCUUACCAGUUUCUCACAAUAUGCAAUGUCAGUUCCAAAAUUUCGAUUCCAAGCAGACAGGGUCAAGUUAGUAAUGCAACUAUAACAUACCAACGCACCUGCCGAUCACGCUCAUGUUACCAUCAUUGCAUGAUUUCUACUACCACCACUGCAAUGUGUAUGGGAAACUAUGGUCUGUAAUAAUGAAUAAAUAAUAUGUCCAUUUAUAUAGCGCAGUUACUAUGUGCAUACACUCAACUGCGCUCUGAUACUUGGUAUCAUAUUAUUACCCAGGCUGUAUUUACGUGUAAGCCGCCAUAUUAAUAGGCGCUAAAACCGUUCAAGGAAUAAAUCCUACCGGGUCCCAUUCACCUCACCUGGGUCGAGUGCAGCACAAUGUGGGUAAUUUCUUGCCGAAAGGAAAUUACACCAUGGUUGGGAUGGAGGGAGGGGAUGCUGUAAAACCAGAUGAAACCUCAGCGGAGCAUAUCCUGAUCGAAAUGGGUCUAAUCCUACAUCAUCAGUCCGUUUGGUCCCAGCUUACAUGGUUCAAUCCUAAUAAUAAUAAAAAUAUGUCCAUUUAUAUAAAGCGCAGUUAUACUCAACUUUGCAUUGAUAUUUGGUAUCACAUUACUACCCUGGCCAUAGCUGAGCCGCCAUAUGGGCGCUAAAGCGUUAAGGAAGAAAUCUUACCAGGUACCCAUUCACCUCACCUGGGUCAAGUGCAGGACAAUGUGGGGAAAUUUCUUGUUGAAGGAAGGAAAAUACGCCAUGGCUGGGAUUCGAACCCACGUCCCUCUGAAUUAAAGACGAUAGUCGUAGACAGACCACGAUACCUCCUUCAUCAGUUCAUUGCUUCUCAUCUCUCAUGGUAUAAUCCCUAUUCAUCUACAACCAAUUCUUUACAUUGUUCUAUCCAUUUGUUCUUAUUUCCAUUUAGCACACUUACUAUUUUUUCUCAUUCUCAGUUUCGGCUAAAUACCUGUCUGAUCUAAUAUCCACCUAGUCUAACACCAUUUGCAGGUGCUUUGGCUCAGUGGAUCAGUCUCUAGACCUUGAACCACAAGGUCCGGGGUUCAAAUCCCACCACAGCACUUGCGUCCUUUAGCAAGGUGUUUAUCUACAUUUGCCACUCUCCACCCAGGUGUAGUAAAAUGGGUACCCGGAAGGGAGGAAUUCCUUAAAUGCUUGAUGCGCCCAAUAGGGUAGCCAAGCUAAGACUGGGGUAAGAGUAUGCAGCGCUUAGAAACAUUGUAAUAAGCGCUAUACUGUAUAAAUGUUGCAAGUCCGUAUUGUUAGAUGAACUGUUUAUGAACCACAUUCUUAUUCAACAUAGUGCAAAUAGUAGAAAGAGGGGAUAAUAGACUCUUGGCAUUAAAGACUAAAAUGAGGAUUAGACUGAAAGUGGGUAUGGGACCAAGAGUAGUUAUUUUCCUGACUUUAGAUUCCUUUUAACUGCCACUUUAUUUUCAGCAUUUGUGUUCAUCUUCAUACCUUUUCUUUAAGAAAAAUCACAAAAACUGUCCAUUUAAAAUUUUUAAUGCUGCCAUAUACUGUAACAGGCAAAAGCUGGAAAUAUUCUCAGAAUCCAACUCGUGCGUUCUUGCCAAUUUGAAGGUGAACUCAAAAACACAGAUUCUAUACUUAGACUUUAAUAGCCGAGCAUUGUAAUAAAACAAACUAGUUAGCGAUUUUCACAGACAACCGGUACUUUGUGCUGAGUCAACCUGAGGCAACAAUUUUAGUAGCUUAUAACAAACUUUGCCAAAGGUCUGAAUUGAUCUCCUGUUAUUCCUUAAAAUUGAUGAGAAUGAUCAAGUGUUGGCCCUUUUCCGGGCAGUUGGUGUGUGUGGGGGGGAGGGGGGGUUUACUGCCACUACCGGGGAGUGGAUAGCAUGCGCAAGAAGAAAACAUGGAAAAUGUUAUGUUCGCGCAGGUAGGCACGGAAUGUGAGGAGAAUGUUAAGAACGCCCCAAAUGGCCCGAAUUCACAAAGUUGGUUUUGAGUAAAAAUAGGCUGUGCAAAUCAAGGACAUCUGCGCAAAAUCUGCUUUAGGGGUGUCCUAGUGGCCUGCCCUUGAAUCCUUGUUUAGAGUAUUUGUUUCAGGAUACUGCCCACUCUUCAAACCUCCUACACUGCAUAAACACUGGUGUUAAUUUUACACCUGCCUGGUAUCUAAUCUAUAUUGGAAAACACCAGAGAGGCAUUGACACAACAUCAGAUUGGUGUUAGGCUUACACCAAUUAGUGUUAAACUAAUUCUAAAGUGGUGUUGUUUCAACACUUCUUUGGUGUUUUCUGAUAUAGAUACCAGGCUGGUGUUAAAUUAACACCGGUGCUUUUGCAGUGUAGGGCCCUUUUACACGUUUUAAUUGUCAUAAUCAUUUUCAUCAAGUUUGUUGAAACAAAUACGUAAAAAAUAUACUAAAAGUUACACCGCUGAGCUCAUUAUUGUAAUCGUCUUUUUCUCAAUUAAAUAUUGUGACAAUGAUUAUACAGGGUUGUAUAUUUUUUUAUCAUGAAAUGAUAUGGAAUUGCUUUUUCCCGGUCUACAUGUUAUUUGACUUAAUUGCGGUUUUGAUAAUAUUUUGAGUGUGUGUGUAGUUCUCUUGUACGUACAUGUAUGUCAGAAUUGAUGUAUAUUGAAUUGAUUUGCUCUAUGGUAAUGAUGUGUAAAUGGCAUUUCAAAAGAAGUUUUUUACAUAUACAGUAUCCAACUUGUAUUUUCAGAUGUACUUCUAUAUCUGCGAUGAUUUGAAUAUUUGUGAUAAGAUACAUGUAUUUUUUUGCGCAAAAAUUUAUACAGUAAUUCUAUUAAGAACUCUAAUGAAGCUUGUAAUUUCUUUUUUAUUUGAACACUGGAUUUUUGAAUCUUUUUUUGCUUGGAGAAAAUAUUCCAUUUUAGUUAUGAGGAACAUUUUUUUUAUGAUUUUAAACAAAGUUGCACUGUAGUUAGUUGUAUAUUUCUGUUUGAUCUAAAAAUUAAAUAUGUUUUCUUUUGUUUAAACCAUUACUGUUCAAAAUCUAUGGGAAUCAAGUAAUUUGCUGAAAUGGAUUGAAAUAAUUAUUGAAGAUUGAGUAUCAAGGCCCCGCUGCUUUGCCAUGCAAUGGUAAAUGCAUGGAAUCCUUGAUUUUGAUUGGCUGUUCUUCAGCGUUACCAUGGUAGUUACCAUUGAAUGGCAAAGUUACAAUAAUUGUAACUUUUAUGCAGUGGGUCCCUGAAGCAAAACCACUUUACUUUGUAUAAUGAGCAUGACCGUCCAAUGCUUCAUAAGCGUAGCAUCACAGUGAUUUUAUUUCCAUGAUUUUUUAUUUAAGAAAUAAUUCAAAUCGGCAAGUCUAUUGUUACAUUAUGUAUGUGUGUGAAUGAGACUGAAGUGGGAAUCCCACUAGAGUCUAUUACACUGUUAUUAAGCACUUAUCUCACCAUGUAAAGCAACAUAUGAAUACAAAUAUAGCAUAUUUUGGAAUUGCCAACUUUUCUGACAACGUGUUACAUAGUCUUAUAUAGAUAUUUGUUUGCGAUAUCAAACUCUAUUUGCAAACUGCUUCAAAACGGAAAUAAAUAUAUACAGUGUGUCCCACAAAAAAGGAAACAAAUUUUCAGAGAAAGAUUUCACAAAAUAUGUUUUUACUAUAAAUUUGAUACUCAUGGCAAGAGUGGAAUCUCAUCUCUAAUUUGAAACCAAGAGCUUAGCAAAUUGUUCUCGCAUGGCAGAUUACAACUAUAAAUAUAGAGACAUAUCAGACACAUUUUGAGCAGAAACUCACAUGUGAAUCUAAAUCCACUCUCAUUUUAAGGAUCAGUGAGGGAAACUUAACAAAGAAUACAAAAAAAAACGCGAAUGAGCCAAGCACGGUCAUCGUAUCACGAACCAAUCUUGUCCAAUUUUCUGCGCAACCUGAUAUUGACAUUAAAAUUUCAAACCCGUCUUUCUCAUUAAUGCAUGAAAUGUUUGUCUCAUAUUUGGUAUCAAAUUAAGAGGAAUAAUUUAAUCAUAUGAUUAUGUAAAUAAAAUAUAAUUUAUUUGCAUUUGAAGAAAAAAGACAUGGGAGUCCGGGUUUCCUUUUUCUGGGAUGCACUGUAUAUUAUGUUCAAAAAUUUUCAAUGCACUAUUUGUAUAAUUUAUGGGUCGAUUUAUACAUUAGCCAUGUGGUGAUUUGUUUGCUUUCAGUGGCAAAAGUGAUAUUUUGUCAUGUUGUCACAUGUGUAUACUGUAUUGUAAGCUUGCAACACUGUCAACUAUUUUGUGAUGUACAUGCACUUGAUUAUGUUUACAGCAUAAAAUUUAGGCCAUUUAUCACAGUACUUCAUUAAAAUCUAUAAAAUUUUGAACGAAAAAUAGAGAUGCUACUUUCACAAAGGAACAACAAAAGCAAAACAAGGUUGAAAUGUAAUUCUUAGAGAUUAUUGAGGUACCUGUAUUAUAUCAUAAUCUGUGGACAGAUUUGGUACAUUAUAUCUAGAGGUCCAUGUUUCAACGUAAUUCUUGAUAUCAUUAUCAUUGUUAAUAUUUUAUUCUUCUUGUUAUCGUAACAAUAAUAACAAAACAACGCAGUUUAACUUUAAAUUUUUGUUAUUAUUAUUAUCAUUAUUGCAAAUUUUUUAUCAUUAUUGUUAUGAUAACAUAAUAGCAAGGCAGUUUACAUUGUUAUUAUUAUUAUUGUUAUUAAUAUUACUAUUAUUAUGAUUGUUAUUAUUCUCAUUAUUAUUGUUGGAAUUAUCAUUAUUAUUAUCAUUCUUAUUAUUAUUAUUUUUAUUAUUAUUUUUUUUAUUAAUAUUAUUACUAUUAUUAUUAUUAUUAUCGUUACUAUUAUUAUAUUCUUACAUUGUUAUGAAUAAUGAUGAUAAAAAUGAAUUUGUAUAGUGCUUCUAUGAAACAAUUUAUUAAUUUCCAUGACAGAACAGAUACCUCUUAAAUUAAGAUCUGAAUAUAUUAUCAUUAUCAUUUUUAUUUCAUAUUCUUGUUAUAAUGAUCAAGCGACGUAUAUAUUCUCUUUGUUUCUAUGUGUAUUCAUACAAGCAAAUCAAUGUAGUAUUUCACAUGUUUAAACACUGAAAUUAUGUGAUCUCAAAUGAGUUGGAGUGGGUUCUCCAAUAUAAUUCAUUUACAACUUACGAUUACUCAAAUAUUUUGCAUUGGAGUGGUACCAGUUGGAUGUUUCAUGAAGCUAUUUGUAAAAUACGACUGAAUCUACGCAAGACUGGUGAUCCUUUCAUGGACUGAAUGACUUAUUGCUAUGUAGCUGACUUGGCACAUAAAAACAUGUUCCAGUUGUGCGUAAGUCAUUUGUAACUUUACAAACAGCAACGGAUCAAUCUGACCAUUACCCUGCCUGAAUAAGAGCUGUGAAGAAAUUUGAUGCAAAAUAAAAUUGUUAUCAAUCUUGAAUUCCUAUCCCUAAUGUCUAAACUACACAAUUCGACUUUGAUUCAAAUCUCACAUCUGCUUGUGAUACGAGGCCCAGUGCCCCAUCUUACAAAGAGUUGUGAUUGAUCCGAUCCGAUCGACCACAACUAUGGACGGCCAGCAACGUCAACUUCUAAAGUGCAAAUUUGUUCAAAAUAUUUCCUAGAUAUGAUGUAUAUUCAUACAUUCAUCAUUCUCUUGAAGAUUCAGUGUGAUUCUCUUUGUUUAGCUAAGGAGAUUGAGCAAAUUUCUUUUAGAAUGAAUUAUGGUAUGGAUUGAUUUCCAUACGGUUGAGAUUGAUUGGAUCAAUGGUAACUCUUUGUAAGUCAGGGCCCAGAUUACUCUGGAUAGUUAAUCGUGGCAAGCCCCUCCCAUCCAAUGAAUGCUUAGAAUGUACUGUCACCACCACUUAGUAAAUUCUUGAUCAAAUACUUAUAACCAUGUUUCCUGUGAUCAUCAUCAAAUAUUUUGAAAUAAAAAACAAGUGCAAUUUAAAUUCAUAUAAGAAGAGCUGUCUUUAUGUUGUGUAAAUGUGACAUUGUAUUAUGUGGAAGAGGUUCUAUUCCUGGUAAAUAAAUGCUUUUGACGGAAUAUUCUGUGAUAUUCUGUGGGAAACGAUAAAA